AUGACUUCAGCUACUAAAACAACUUCUUUACGAAGAAAUCGCCCUGGAACCAAACUUGAAGAUGCAUAUCAAUUCGAGCAUAUUCCUCUCGAACAAUUUGAUUCAGCUUUUGCGUUACAAGAAUAUUUACAAUCUUUAAUAAGAAAAGAUAAAGAAAAUUUAGAUCAGUUAGUCGAAUUACCACCAGGACAAGACGAAGAAACUUGGCAAUAUGAACAUUUAAGACAAUUAUGCCUAGAACUCAAUUAUUUGGUCGUACAACUUGAAACAGAGUGCAAUCGGGAAACAUGUCCCGAGAUGAAAGCAGAUGAAUGGAUGUAUUUAUGUGCAGCACACCAAACUUCUAUGAAUUGUUGUGCAAUAGAUUACAUUGUUCAUACUUUGGAUGGGGCAACGACUUUAUUGAAUAGUCACAAAUAUUUUCCUAGCAGGAUAUCAAUUCCUGAUACCUCAUUAAAGCAUUAUCAACCUAUAGCAAGAAGACUUUAUAGAAUAUUUGCACAUGCUUGGUUUCAUCAUCGAGAAAUAUUUGAAUCUUUCGAAGGAGCUAUUGAUAACUAUAAGCACAUGAUAGCAGACAGAUCACAACGGAAACAGGACUUCAGUAGUAAAGCCAAGCCCUGGUGA